CUCUACAGUCCUAUGUUCACACUUUGGAACUUUACCCAAUCUUCUGUCUCCAUCUGUUUUCUAAUUCCUUCUCUUUGACGGUCCAUUUCGUUGUCACCUUUUACACUUCUGCAGUUCCCCAGUUUCACACUUCAAAUCAAACUCCUCCUACCUUUCGAGUUCCAGCCCGCCCAUAUCUCCAUAUCUCCAUGUUUAAAUUCUCGCUUCACUUCUCUGCUUUUCCCUGGCCAACCCUUACAGCUUCUUUCUUUUCAUUUUUUAUUCCUUUCGUCGUUUGAAACUUGAAACGGAAACCUCCAUCCGGGCAGCAGAAAGAUGCCACCCGCACCUAAGUUUCAAAAACAUCGUCUUUCACUUAUUACACUGCUCUUCUCUGUUCUUGCUAGCCUAUUGGUGAGCAAGGCAGUUAGCUUGGCAGCUGUUUUAAGUGAUAAAGAUGCUUUACUGCAACUCAAAUCUGCUGUAGUUGAAGACCCACUAGGGUUCACUUCUAGUUGGAACCCAAAUGAUAAAGACCCUUGCCUUUGGCAUGGUGUUUCUUGUGACCCACUUGAAGGUCGAGUCAUCACCCUUAAUCUUUCCUCUAACCUCAAUUCUACAUGUUCUGUACUUCAACUCUCUGCAUCAAAAACAGCAGCAGUGAAAGGUGAUCAAGUUAGAGGUAAUUUUACUUUGCUAUAUCCUUGUUUGCAUGUUGGUGUUGAUGGCAAUAUUUCAUUUGUUGGAUUGAGGGGUAGGUUAUCUCCUGCUAUUGGCCACCUUACAAAGCUUAGAGUUUUGUCACUUGGGUUCAAUGAAUUCUUUGGUGAGCUGCCUUUAGAAAUGGGAAAGCUUAAUCUUUUGGAAGUUCUUGAUUUAGGUUUUAAUGCUUUUCAUGGUCCUAUACCAGCCGCCUUAAAGAAGUGCACUUCAUUGAGGGUUAUUAAUUUAUCUGGGAAUCAAUUGAAUGGAACCAUUCCUGCAAUUUUUGGGCCGAUUACAAGUUUUCAAGUUGUUGACUUUUCUUUCAAUAAAUUGAGUGGUGAAAUUCCAAAUGAGUUAGGCGAAAAUUGUGGGAGUCUAAUGCAUCUCCAUCUUGCAAGUAAUGGGCUUUCAGGUUCAAUUCCGUCCAACUUGGGUAACUGUGGUGAGCUCAAGUCUUUGAUACUGUCUUCUAAUAUAUUGCAAAAUGAUAUUCCUUCAAGUCUUGGUAAACUCGAGAAUCUUGAAGCGUUGGACUUGUCCAGGAAUUUCUUGAGUGGACUUGUACCGCCGACUUUGGGGGAUUGUAAGCAGUUGAAAUUGCUUGUGUUGAAGAACAAGAAUGGUCCUCUGUUUUCAAGAAAAGGCUCCAGCUUUAUAUUUCAUCAAGAGGAGUACGGGGAGGGAGAUUACAAUUUUUUUGAGGGUGAACUACCUGAGAGUAUUGUUAAACUUUACGGUAUCCAUGUCCUUUGGCUGCCAAAUGUGAAUUUGGAAGGCAUUUUUCCGCAGACUUGGGGGUCAUGUUCUAACUUGAAAAUGUUGAAUGUAGCACAAAAUUUCUUGACUGGACAAAUACCUGCGUCCUUUGGUAAUUGUAAGAACUUGUUUUUCCUUGAUUUGAGCUCCAAUAACUUGUCUGGUUCGCUUCCAGCUGCAAUUCCUGUUCCAUGCAUGGUUGUAUUCAAUAUCAGCCAAAAUUCCUUGUCUGGGAACAUUUCAAGAUUUUCUCAUGGUGAGUGCUCUAAUGGUUCCCUGAAUUUGUCAAUGUCAUAUAUGGACCUGGUUGGAUUGUACUCUUCUUUCUUUUAUAGGAAUGCUCUCAUAAAUGUUGGUUCUGGUCCUUCCCCAUUUUCGUUGAGUGAAUUUGUUGUAUUGCAUGAUUUCAGCAGGAAUCAGUUCACUGGCUCAGUUCCUCCCUUUAUUAUUUCUUUAUAUACUUUGUCUGCUAAGCUGAAUUAUGGUUUCUGGUUGAAUGGGAACAAUUUUGAAGGUAAUCUUUCUGUAUAUUCUUUUGAUCCUUGUCUAAGGUUGGAUGGUUUGAUCUUUGAUGCUAGCAACAACAAAAUCGUAGGUGAACUUCCUUUAAACAUGGGUCACACUUGCAAAUGCUUGAAAAUUUUGAGUUUAGCGAGCAAUGAAUUUGUUGGCUCAAUUCCUACAUCAUUCACUGACAUGGUUUCUCUGCUUAAGCUUAACCUCAGUGAAAACAGAUUGCGAGGUCCUAUUCCGUUAUAUAUUGGAGAGAUGAAGGAGAUAAGGUACCUCUCGCUUUCUAAUAAUAACUUUUCAGGCACGAUGCCUUGGGAUUUAGUUCAACUGUCAUCGUUAGAAGUUUUAGAGCUUUCUUCAAAUUCUCUCUCAGGAGAGAUACUACCUGAUUUGGCUGAGCUCAAGCACCUUAGUGUUCUGCGGUUAGAUCAUAACAAGCUCACUGGGCGGAUACCAUUUGGCUUUAGUAACAUGACUGCACUUUCAGUGUUCAAUGUUUCUUUCAACAAUUUGACUGGAUCUAUCCCUCUGAAUUCGAUUUCAUUAAAUUGUGAAAGUGUGAAAGAAAAUCCUAACCUUCAGCCAUGUCGCACUGAUCAAUCAUCCUCUGAAUUGGAGCGACAUCACUUUGGAAAUAUUUCACAAGGAGGCCGUUCUCCCAGGGAAAACAUACAAACAAAUCGUAGUGAGUUCAAUCAAAUAGAAAUUGCCUCCAUCACGUCGGCUUCGGUAAUUUUUCCUGUCCUCAUAGCAUUGAUUUUCUUCCUUGUAUGCAUGAAGAAAUUCGCAUGCAAUGCUGUAUCGGAUCAUGUAUCGGGGAGAAAAGAGGUGGUAACUUGCAAUAGUAUCAGCAUACAGCUGACAUAUGAAAAUGUUGUUAGGGCCACUGGUUGUUUCAAUCUCCAAAACUGCAUUGGUAGUGGAGGUUUCGGAGCUACAUACAAGGCUGAAAUAGUUCCAGGAGUUGUGGUUGCGGUGAAGCGGCUGUCAUUGGGUAGGUUUCAAGGUGUUCAACAGUUUGCUGCUGAGAUCAAGACUCUAGGACGGGUGCAGCAUCCGAAUCUUGUAACUCUUAUAGGUUACCAUGUUAGUGAGGCUGAAAUGUUCCUGAUCUACAACUACUUGCCUGGUGGCAAUUUGGAAAAUUUCAUUCAGGAGCGCUCAAGGAGGACUGUGGAAUGGAGGAUGCUACACAAGAUUGCUCUGGAUAUAGCAUGUGCCCUUAUGUACUUGCACGACGAGUGUGUCCCUCGAGUAUUGCACCGUGACAUCAAGCCAAGCAACAUUCUUUUGGAUAAACACUUCAAUGCAUACCUAUCUGAUUUCGGCCUUGCUAGGCUUCUUGGCACAUCUGAGACUCAUGCAACUACUGAUGUUGCAGGAACUUUCGGAUACGUUGCCCCCGAAUAUGCCAUGACGUGCCGUGUCUCUGAUAAGGCCGAUGUGUAUAGUUAUGGUGUUGUUGUUUUGGAGUUAUUAUCGGACAAGAAAGCCUUGGAUCCAUCUUUCUCUUCCUUUGGAAAUGGUUUCAACAUUGUGACAUGGGCGAGCAUGCUUCUAGCUCAAGGACGAGGAUGUGAAUUUUUCAUGGCCAGGCUAUGGGAUACAGGGCCUCAACAUGAUCUAAUCGAGGUGCUUCAUUUGGCCGUAAUGUGUACAGGUGAAUCUCUUUCAUCCAGGCCUUCAAUGAGGCAAGUUGCCCAAAGGUUGAAAGCCAUUCAACCUCCCACAUCUUAAAAUGCCUCUUCUGUAAGUCAUCAGUGCCAUUGAUUAAUGAUUGAUGUCCAAUUAAUAGCUCCUAUAUGCCUUUCUUAAUGCAGCACAGGCAAAUUGUCAUUUUCUUUUAUCUUCAGCCUCAGCUAAAUUAUACA